AUGGAAGGAAAAUUGCGCGCGCUUCUUUUAGAUAUUUUUAUUCUUUUCUUUGAGCUUUUAACCCAGUUCGAAAUUAUUGCUGUAAAAAUAUUUCUGGGCAUUCAUGUAAAACGAUGUGGGAAAGUAAUGAGGAAAAGGAUUUUAAUGAGUAAGGAAAAUUUGUUUAGAAAUCUCUUAUUAAUUAAGACUUGUUUCCAACUGAAUUCUGAAAUGAGUGAAGCCGAUCGUUCUUUAACUUUACUGCACUUGAGGAAAACCUUUAGUGAGUAUUGCAAAAUAUCCCUGAAUGGGCAGAAAGAUAGCGAGCGUCGUUUCGAUCGAAUUCUGCCACUUUUUUCCAAGGUAAUGUGUAUGUAUCCAUGUGCUGAAGAAAUCGUCGAUAAUUUUAAAGAAUUAUGCGCUUUUACUGGUCAUUUAUGUCGUUAUUUAGUACAAGAAUUACGUAUACGAGCUGCAAACCAAAAUACUGAAUUAGCGGCUUUAUCAAUUUCACAGUUUUUGCUGCCAGAUACAUCCGAUUCUCGUGGAUGGAUUCUUCUCAGUUCUGUCCAUUAUAUUAUUUCAACUGAUCAACCAGCAGUAAUUGAUUCGAUAUGUAAAGCUGCACUUCCUUCUACGCUGGUCAAGGCUCUUUAUUUAUUCUUCGAUUUGCCUGUGGUACAAGAUAAAUCCAUUCUAAAAGCUCGUCAAAAAUUGCAUUCCCUGUUUUUAAAUGUGAUGGAUAAAUUAUGUUGUUACAAAUCUGUUGGUGAAGAAUUGGCUCGGAAGGAUGAUCUUUUCUUGUUAUUCAUAGGUUCUUCAUGUGCUUGUUCUAUAGAGAAUUUUGCUUGGCGAAAAGUCACAUCUCAAAUUCUUGUUACUUUGAUCUCAAAAGCGCUUUCUCCAGCUGUUAUCAAAUAUUUACAUGCCAAAGAUUGUAUUCAUCAUUUUUUAUUGAAUAUUCAAAAAGAAGCUGAUCAUUUAUCUGAUCAAAAAGGAAUUGAGGUUAUUAUCUGUUUAUUGUGCAUUCUGAAGGAUUCAGCUAUUGUUACUAAUGUCAUUAUACAAGAUUUUAAUAAAGCUAAUGGAUAUGAAUUUCUUCAAGAUUUUAUUCUCGCAAAUCAAAAUCGAGAAGAAGGUAUUAGAAAUGUUCUGCUUAUGCUGAUGAGUGUUGUUACUUCGGGUGUAUGUGAAAUUCAUCCAUCAGUGUCACCCGGAUUGGUCACUCUUCCAUCAUUUCAGUUACCUUUACCUUCUGGCAAUGGCGUCAGUGUGCGAAAUAUUGAUGCAUGCAAAGCACUUUUUCAAAUCUUUUGGAAGGCAAAGAAUGAACGUAUUGUUGAAACUACAGUUGAUGUUUUGCAUAAUAUUUAUGCUUCUGAUGCUGCAAAUUAUUUUAUCAUGGAAAAGGAUUGUCCUUUAUCAUCAAUAAUCGAAAAUAUGGUUACUAAAUCGGCAAAAGUGCAAAAAAAAGUGUUGGAACUUAUUGAAUAUAUUGUUUUUCAUUUAAACCAUAUACCAUGCAAAGAGCUCAUGACUCUCAGUGUUCUUUUAAAAACUCAAAUAUCUGAGGGGAAUCUUGAUUGUUGUUUAUUUUCUCUUCAAACUGCAUUCAGGAUUCUUUCGGCAAAUUCUAUUUUGAAAGAUGCAUUUCGUGAAGUUGGUUUGGUUGAAACGUUUACGUGGACUAUUUCUUAUUUUAAAUCUGUAAUUAAAGAUCGUCGCUUAACAGAAAAUGAACAUCGAAUAGCUCUUUUAAGUACGGAUAUUUUAUCAAUUCUUGUUAGUGGUAAAAAUGCCAAUGCAAAAGUUUUCCGUGAAAUUGCUGGGCCCAAAUUUAUUCUCGAUCUUAUAUACAGCGAUGAUGAAGAUUGGCGAGCUUCAUCACUUCAGCUCAUGAAACAGCUUUUAAUAUUGAAUAAUAGUGAAGAGCAGUUAUCCGCUUUAUUUGUUAUUUUACAAUCACCAUCCAAUACUAAUUUAGAAUUGAAAUUCGUUCUUCUAAAGUCUUUACUUUGUAUAUUGCGUGAAAGUCAUAAAGUGAGGAUAAUGUUCCGUCGCGUUGGUGGUUACCUAUGUUUGAUGUCGAUGCUUAUCAAUCUUGAAGGAAAUUUCAAUGAAAUACAUACAGUUGGUUCAUAUUUAUCAACAAACGAGUCAAAAACUAACUUGAAUGGAAUUUCAUCGAUGAUGGAAUUAAUUGAGCUAAUUUUCAAAGUUUUGGCUAUAAGUAUGCGAUACGAACCAUCCAAUGCAAAGCAUUUUUCUCAAGAUAUUAAGUGGGACAACCUUUGUAUAGCUAUUCGGAUAAGCGGUGCUUUUAAUGAAGAUGUUGAAUACAUUGAUGCUACACAUAAUGUUUGGAAUUCUGAACCAUCAGAUCUCCAUGAACAACUUUCUGCCUGUCAUAAUGUUUUUCAGUCAAAAGAACCUUUCAAUUUAAGUGUUUUGCCAGAAGAUAUGCCCCUAUCAAUAUUUUUGGCUUGCUGUAUUGCGCGGUUUUUGUUUAAUAUCGCACUUGAUAAUUAUGAGAAGCCUGAGAGUGAUAUAGUCUGGUCUCAAGAAGCAAAUUUGUUCUCGUUAAAUGAUCCUACUUCUAUUGUUUCAUGGACAUCUAGUGUUUUGGUCCAUCCUUGCGCUUUGCUUUCCAUCUUACAUCUUAUUCCUGCAAUCAAGUCUAUGUCAUAUAAGUGGUUAGCAGCAGCUCAGCUAUAUAAUUCCAUGGUAGUAAAAGCACUUUUGCGGCCCGAACGAAAUCAACAAAUCAUGUGUCAAUAUAAUAUGGCACGAAGUAUUCUUAAAAUAGGAAAAUUCAUUUUCAAAAGCAAUCAACAUCUUUUGCUUGCUUCUUUUUAUUAUAUGUUGGAACGUUUAUCGUCCCAUGCGAUAACUGCGACGGAUUUAAGGCAUUUUCUUCGACUUGAUAUGCCUUUGUGCUGUCGAAGUUUGGAAGAAUCGGAAAAUGAAGAUCCAAUUGAUGGGAAUGAAGGUGGACCUGUUCCUAUUGGAAGAGUUAAAGCGUUGGUUUCAAUGAUGACUCCUCGCGAUCAUAUGAUUGCACAGAAUCCUUCGUUUGUCGAAUUUGAUAUGGCGGUGGAAGGGUUUGCUUGCUUGUUGGUACCUUCGCUUUCUCCUAUAUCACCUGAAUUAGGUGGAAUUGGUCACGGUGAACGAUUGUUUCCAUCAUUAAAUGGUAUCACAAUAGCAACGUGGUUAUACAUUGAACAGUUUAGUGAAAAAAGAAUUGAUCCUCAUCCUAUUCGUUUAUUUUCAAUCUUUAGGUCAUUUAAUAAUCCUCUUAAAAAACAUGAGGCUAUGAAGACUUCUUCUGUAACAUGUUUAUCAAUACAACUGAGCUCUAUAGAUCGAUCUUUAUUAAUUUGCACAGCGGAAAGUGAUACAACAGGAAAUGAUUUGGAAAUAGAAAAGAAUUUGACUGAAGAAACAUUAGUAAGGGUGGCUCUUGCUGAUUUAAUUGGUCCUCGUCAGUGGUUUCAUGUUGCUAUUGUGUUGACAAGAUCUGCUUUUAUAUAUAUUAAUGGUAACUUGGAAUGUACACAGAAAUUAAACUACAUUGUCCAAAAUAUUGGCGGUGCUACAACUCAUUUGACUCAAACAAAUGGAGUGCAUGCUGUAAUUGGAACACUGCCGAUGUACAGAUCUCCUAGCAGAUUGCGUUUCAAAAUAGCAUCGUUUGUUUUAAUAGAAGAAACUCUCAGUGCAGAUACAAUUUCCAGAAUUUAUCAUUUAGAGCCACAUUACAUCGGGAAUUUUCAAAUCAACGAUUUUGGUGGAUUACCUCUAAUCCCUGAAGAGCGCAUAUGUCUCUCUCUUUCUCCUGUAGCAGAUAUGGAGUUGUCAAUUUCGCGUAUCGGAUCGAUCUAUAAUAAGGCGGAUAGUAUUUUUAUUUCUACAUACCUUGGAAUCUCCGUUCACGAUAGAAGUACUCCACUUCGAAUUCUCUUGAAUACUGUCUCUCAUGCGUCUGGCCCCGCUCGUUCAUUUGGUGCUGUGCUGUUGGGUUAUCUUGGGAUGCGAACAUUUGUACCUUGUCCCGUUACGCAGUUAUUAGAAUCUGUCGGUGGACCUUCUUGUCUGCUUGGUCUUGUCGCUAUGUCUACAAGUUCUCAGGAAUUAUAUGCUUCUCUCAAGGCACUUACUGUAGCAGUUAAGACUGAUAAAAAAUUUGCAAAACAACUCAUUAUUAGCCGCUCAUACCAGACUCUGGCGGUAUUGAUAGAAGAGAAGAGUGAUUUGUUAAACUCGCAUAUACUUCAUCUGAUACUUUCAUUAGUGGGCACACUUGAUACGAGCAAAGAUACAGCGACCAUCCCAAAUAUGCAGAUUUUCGAAGAUAUUUUUUGUGAUAUUGACAUUUGGAAAAAUGUCAAUAAUGAUUUGAAUCGACUUCUUUACGAACAUUUUUAUGAAUUAAUAACAGAUCAGCAACGUGAAAAUCUAAAUAUAAUUCGGCGAAGCUCUUUAUUUUCGAGAUUGCUUUACCGCCUUUUCGAUUCACCUCAGAUGAUAUUUGCUGUCAAUGAUAUAAUUUUUAAUCUUAUUGCUGCGGUUUUGCAACCACCUUCUGACAGCAAUUCUCUUCUGAAGGUUGGGCAGUUAGUCGCUGCAACGCUACCAUCAUCUUCUGGUAUAGACAAAAAUGAGAAUGCUUAUCCUAUGUCGGUCAAUGAUCUGCAAGCUCUUCUAUUGAAUAAUAAAACCACGGAAGUUGAUCGAAAAUUAUAUGAUAUUUAUAUUCGCAAUCGAAUUUUGAAUAUCAUUGCCAAUACUCUGGCACAUUCUAGUCCAAAUAACAAUCUUCAAAUGAGCGAAAAUAUUGUCAAAAUUCUUGGUUUUGACUGGGUAUUAACCCUUUUUAUGUCGGAGAUUCAUAAAAGUACCUUGAUCAUUGGUAUACGAAUUCUUUUGCAACUAGUUAAACAUGAUCAUUUGUUACAAAAGUUCAAAGAAGGCAGUUCUAAUGGUGGAUGGUUGUCCGAUGCUGAUUCAGUUGUUCGAAAUAGAGUUGCGGUAUUACUGGGAUUUUCUGUAUCAGCGCACUGUGGAACUAUUGGUGCACAUAUCAACAUUAAUCCAGAAUUAUCGGAAUGUGGUGGUUUCACGGUACUUGAACAUUUGUUCUCAUGCCAUUUUGACAAGCCUCAAUGCUACCUUGCGAUGUUCAGCAUUUUUGUUGGUCAGCCCGUAACCAAUAUAAAUCUUGCUGAUGACUUUUCUCUUGAUUUGAUUUGGUCUAAUGUAUUUGGGCUUUCGCCCUCUAGUUCUGUAUCCGAAGCUGUAUCUCGCGCUGAAUUAUGUUGUGAAGCCGUAAUUCCACUAUUUUCUAUGGUGCGAGCUACUCUACAUCUUAUUAAUUCUUCACGCGCGAUAUAUUUCUUGAUAUUUCUUGAUUUUUUUGUUGCGGAACAUGAUCAGAAUCAUGCAGCUUCCAUUAUACAUUAUUCAUCUACAAAUUCCAAAGAUUUCUGCAUUCUUUGCCAUACUGAUGAUUUCAUUAAUUGCCUUUUUUCUGUAUUAAUUCCACCAAGUAAUUGUGAAAAUGCAUUACAAAGUGAGGAUCAAGUUGCUACGUCAAUUUUGAGUGCUGCACAGUCAGUACUGGAAAAUCCUUGUUCUCGAAGCGUUUUAGAUUUGCUUAAAAAAAUUCUAUGCAAUGAUCUUUUUCACAGUCGUAAUGGAAAAUGGGAUUCGUUGCUGGAUACACUUAUUGAGAAAAUUCCUGAAUGUGGACCAUUUAAACGAUAUUAUUGUAUUGUAUUAUCUGAAUUAAUAACUGUUUCGAUGGAUCACAUUAUUGCUACAGUGUACUACACUGGUCAACCUACGCGCGUGCUCGAUUUUCUUUUCAAAGGAAUAGCACUGUGUCGUCGAUCUGAUUGUAAAGGAUCACCAUCUGAUAAUUUAAUGCAUGCUCUUGAUCGAACAAUUUUAUAUCUUUUGAGUCGACCUAUAGACAGCGUUCAGGUGCAAAUGUCCAUUCUCGAUACUCUUUCGGAAAUUAUUGAGAAUCGAGCAAUCGUAUUAUCACCAAUGCAUAAUGAUCCCUUAUUUUUCGGCCCUCUUACUCAUCUUUUAUUUAUGCUAUCUGUUACACCUGAUAUUCUUUCUAAAAAUGACUAUCCAAAUCUUGAUCAUGGAAGCGCUCAGGUUGCACUAUGUGCUUCACGUGUAUGGCAAGAAGUUUGUGAGAUUAAGCGUGUUCUUCUCGAAGAUAUAUUUCGUCGAGGGUUUGUUCCUGAAUUAAAUGCAGCGCGUGCUAUACUUUCCCAUGCAGCAAGCAUUCAGUGGUUAACGUUUGUUGAUUCUCAAAUGAAUUCCACAGCUAUAAGAAAUGUCAGCCAAAUUCAGCAACAAAUACAAUCGAAAAUAACAAAAGUUGCCAGUGGGUUACAACGUUUAACUAGUAGAAAAGGAAUGUCGUCAUCAUCAUUCUCUUCUUCAUCUAUAUUUUUAUGGCGGCAACCGAAUAUUACUGCUGAGGUCGUGUUGAUGUGGAUAAGAGUUCAUACUUCUCUUAUUCGAGAAUUAGUUAGCGCACAAUGUGUCAGUUAUCAUGAAUGGCAUUCACAUACAAGGAAAUGGUGUCUACAAGAAUGGCACUCUUCGGAAUCGGAAUUAACAAGGGAGCGUGGAAUAUGGGGUCCAGAAGUUGGGUCUUCAUUAGACAAAUUUACUUUAGAUAUGACUGAAGGUCCUUGUCGCAUUAGGCGAAAGCUUAUUCCGAAUCCAUCAUUCUAUCAUCAUUAUCCGUAUCGGCCUCAUCUCGAUCUUCCGGAAUCGAAACCGUUACGUGUGAAAGUGGCCAUAUCGCGAGACAGUAAAUUUUAUUAUGAAGCCAUGAAACGCCGACGUGCCAAAACGAUUGAUUCAAAAAUAAUCGAUUUGUCUGCUAUGGUUAAUACUCCAUCUGAAGAAAGAAGCGAUUUUCUUUUUGCAGAUGUGCAAGAAGUCUCCUCGUCAAUGAUUCGUCGUGUUUCUAUCAAACAUAAUAACAUGCAAUCACCCUUUGACAAUGGUGAAACAACGAAUUCGGAAAAAGAAAACAAUGGAAUUGAUGAUGACGCAGGUGAAGAAAAUGAGAAUAUUGAUGAAGAAGAAAACGAAGAAUCGAAUGAUAUUUCUUCAAAAGCUGAUCUCAAAAAAGAUUUAAAAAACGGUAUCAAAGAAGAAAAAAUUGAACAAAAACGCGGUCCAGACAAUCAAACUCUCUUAAGGCUUCUGGAACAAGUAAUUUUUAUUUUUAAAAGUUUUCUAUGGUUUUUUACGUCUUUCUUUGUUAAUGUACAUUUUUUUUCUAUUUCGUUAAUUUUAACUUUUUUUUGGGGCGAACAACUUCAUUCAAUGUUUCGUUGCGCCCGUAUUCAGGGCCUUGACACCAGCGAAGGUCUCUUAUUAUUUGGUCGUGAACAUUAUUAUGUUGUUGAUGGUUUUACAUUGCUUAAAACUCGUGAAAUCCGGGAUCUUGAUUUUCUUCCACCAGAAUUACAUGACCCAAUCAUCCCUUAUAUGGCUUGUGGUACGAGUCAUCCUAUAAGAAAAGCACGUUUGUGCAGUAAAUUUUCAUAUGAUGAUAUUCGUGAAGUUCAUCGACGACGUUAUCUUCUUCAGCCUAUCGCUAUUGAAGUUUUUUCUGCAGAUGGUCGAAAUUACCUCCUAGCGUUUCCUAGACGCAUGCGUAAUAGAGUCUAUCAAAAAUUUAUUUCCCUCGCAAAAGCUUUAAAAGAUGGUGGCAUUGAAUCAGUCAGUGGCCAACGGUCUGGAUUGCCAGUGGAACAAUCUGGCAGAGUUUCUCUUUUAAAUUCGAUUAUCGGCCAGCAAUCUGUGACACAACGAUGGCUUCGAGGCGAAUUAAAUAAUUUCCAAUAUUUAAUGCAUCUUAAUACAUUAGCUGGUCGCUCUUAUAAUGAUCUUUCUCAGUACCCAAUUUUUCCAUGGAUUCUGCGUGAUUACGAGUCAGAGGUGUUGGAUUUUGCUGAUCCACGAAUUUUCCGAGAUCUUAGUAAACCAAUGGGUGCACAAAGUGCUGAACGUCUUGAGCAAUUUAUGAAGCGCUAUCGCGAAUGGGAUGAUCCUACUGGUGAAACUCCUCCUUAUAUGUUCGGUACUCAUUAUAGCAGUGCAAUGAUUGUCGUUUCAUAUUUAGUCCGUCUCGAACCUUUUACUCAACAAUUUCUAAAACUUCAGGGUGGUCAUUUCGAUUUAGCUGAUAGAAUGUUCUACAGCGUUGGCGAUGCUUGGCUAAGUGCUAGUCGAAAUAAUAUGGCUGAUGUUAAAGAAUUAAUUCCGGAAUUUUUUUCCCUUCCUGAAAUGUUUAUCAACUCGAACCAUUUUGACCUUGGUAUAAAACAAAAUGGCAUCAGACUUGACGAUGUUAUACUUCCUCCUUGGGCAAAGGGUGAUGCAAGAGAAUUUGUUCGAGUUCAUCGGGAGGCAUUAGAAUGUGACUAUGUGUCAGCCAAUCUUCAUAACUGGAUUGAUCUUAUAUUCGGAUAUAAACAAUUCGGAGAACCUGCCGUGGAUGCGCUGAAUGUAUUUCACCAUCUUUUUUAUGAGGGAAAUGUGGAUUUCGAAAACAUUCAGGACCCACUUACAAGGCAGCGUUUGCAGAUUGGUUCAGGAAAUUUUAUUGAAAAUGACCGCCCUCAUUUUUUUUUCUAUUUCAGAAAUGCUACUAUUGGAUUUAUCAAUAACUUUGGUCAAAUUCCCACUCAGCUUUUUAAAAAACCACAUCCGCAAAAAAAAAUUGUAUAUGCUGAUCCAUAUUCUUCUAUAAUGGGACUUACCACUCAGCGAUUGUUCUACCAUUCUUUAGAUUCGAUCAAAGCUCCUCAACAACCAAUAAAAGAGCUUAAAUCGGCUGUUGGAUCAUUGAUUGCAACGGAGAAAAGCUUAACAGCACUCGAGGAAAAUCGUGUCCUUCUUUCUCCUAAUCGGUAUCUUUCGUGGGGUUUUUUGGAUAGAAGCAUUAGGAUUGGUAUUGUUGAUACUGAUAAGUCAACUUGUAUUCAUGAGUUAUGUGAGACCUCAGAAAUAACAUGCUGUGCAUGUAGCGAUUCAAAAACCUUGUUUACCGGCUCAACGACAGGACGGGUUUGUAUGUGGAAUAUUACUGACCGAGCAUCAAAUCUUCAUAUGAAACAUACAUUUAUUGCUCAUACGGAUGCCAUAACAGCAUUAGCUGCUUGCUCUGCUCAAACUUUACUUGUAAGUGCCAGUAGAGAUUGUUCAGCUAUACUUUGGCAUUUGAGCGGAUUGACAUUUAUUCGACAGUUAAGACCGCAUCCAUCUUCUGUAACUUGUGUCGCCAUCAAUGAAAUCACGGGUGAUAUUGCGACCGCUUCAUCAUCGCUUCUUUUUAUUUGGUCGAUCAAUGGUCAAUUGUUGUCAAUAGUGAAUAAUAGCGAUUCAUCACCAAUAAAUGCAGGAACCAAUAUUAUUUUAGCAAUUGCUUUCUCAUACGUUAAUGAAUGGGAUAGAGAUAAUGUGGUGAUGUGUGGAGGGAGUGAUGGAGUUGUUCGAAUAUAUUCUCUUGAAAUGAUUGAAACUGAUUCGGAAUCGACUGCUGUAAUUCCUGAGCGUAGUGGAUUAGGAACGAGGCCGAUAUUAAGUACUGCUGCCAAUCUCCAACAACGAUUAGAUAAACAGCGGAAGCGAUUGCGCCUAGGGUCUUCAACUAGUUCACUUGAUACUUUUUCUGCUACAGAGAGCCAGGCGGAAUCUCCUGAGCCUUUCAGCCCUGUUGCUUAUGACAGUGAAGAAAAUACAUCAGUGAAUAAUAAUGCUAAAUAUUGGCCACCUGGAGGGGAUAUGCAUUCCUCAAAUUCAGAACAGAAAGCGUGGCUACGAAUACUAGUACCUCGAGCAUCUUUAACAGCACAUACAGCUUUUAGUAGGAACGAUAAUCCGAGGCCUGCUCCAAUAACAGCUAUUGCUCCAUCCAAGGAUCAUAAAUCACUUUAUGUGGGAGAUGGAGUGGGUCGUGUAUGGCACUGGCAGAUGGGCGAAGCUGGUAAUCGGGCUGAUCACUGGAUACAAGAUCCUAGCCGUCAUUCAUGCACACAAUGUUUACAACGCUUUUCAAUUGCUGAACGUCGGCAUCACUGUCGUAAUUGUGGACAUAUAUUUUGUAGUCGAUGCAGUCGAUAUGAAACGGAUAUAAAACAUAUGCGGAUUACAAAACCUGUACGGGUCUGUCAGAAUUGCUUUCUGCGAUUAAAAGCACAAGGAAUUUAG